AAACCACAGACCUUCCUACCAUGAAUCUUUUGAGUUUUGAUAGCUAUUUCUUCACAGAUCGAAGUCGACAAUUUCAUCACCCUUGUACUAAAUCCAACCAUUCUGUCUGUCUUUCAUCUUCUCAAUUCUCAUCAUACCUGAUUAUGGUAUAGUUCAUGUACACCUACUACCCUAAUCGAUUCUCUCUUCCAGUUCCUUGUCACUAAUUUAGCAAACAUACAGUAUCUGAAUCAAACGGCGUAUACACACUAUGCCGGCCCUGAAAGAAGGAAGCCGGCCGCCGUGGGUGGGUCUUGCCGCCGCUGUUUGGGUUCAGAUCGCCUCCGGCAACUCCUACGCUUUCCCUCUUUACUCCCCGUCUUUGAAAUCUGUACUGGGUCUUUCUCAGCAACAGCUUACGAUUCUCGGUGUUGCUAAUGAUUUUGGGGAAAAUUUUGGUAUCAUUGCGGGCAUUGCUUCCAACAAAUACCGAGCGUGGGUUGUUCUUUUGAUCGGUGUUCUUGCUUGUUUCUUUGGUUAUGGUGUCAUUUGGCUUGCUGUUACUGAAACUGUUCAUAACGUGCCUUACUGGUUUACCUGUUAA